GUGGAGACCAGAAGAACUCGGUGGCUAGCACAGCUCUGCUUCUGGACCUGUUAAGUCAGACUCCUGUAGAUCCAGAGGAUCAAACCUAGGCUCCGUAACCAGCAGCGAGCACCUAGCGCAACCCAGAUGUGCCCGGAGCAGCAGCUUCACUGUGUGCCGAGAAACGCGCCCAGAACACCUCCUCUCCAGGAAACUUGUAGGGACAGACUCGGCUGAACCGAAGGGCGCGAAGUGUCUCAACAUGUGAUGGGAGCUGGCCACGGCGACCCCUGGUUCGCAGUGACUCGCUGAGACUUAAUCAAAAGUCAGCGUUAACUGCGCUCAUUUCCCUACCAGGAGGUCAAAAAUUAGGAGAGGAGGGUGCCAGAGUGAUUGAGAGUGAAUGCCAGCAAAAGACACGCCUCGCGCGCCCAGGUCACCCUCCCCCACGUGCGCGCACCUCCAGCGACCGCUCCCCGGGAGGCCUAUGAGGCCGCGCCGCAAGAGAAGAGGGAGGAAUAUACAUCCCGAAGUUGCAAAAGACUCAGACCCGGUAGCCCCUUCCUUUGCUGCUGAACUUUUCGUUUUGGUCCCCUGCAGGCGGGCGUGAGUCUCGCCCACCUCCUUGCUUACAUUCCUUCAAGAUUCGAAGAGCCCUCCUCCACGGUAGACCUCCCUCCUCUGUCCCCUCCCCACCCGCUCCAGCGGCCGCGAGGCCUUCCACCCAAACACCUCCGGGCUGGAGGUCUCAGUUACAAAGUUGGAGAGCGGGUAGUGAGUCCGAGAAGGACCACGGCGACCAACUGUGUGCCCGGCGGCUGUCCUCGGCUUGGUCCGCACGUGAGCGGUUCCCUAGGGCGCCACCCCUCGUCUCCAUCCCAGGCACGGAUGCGCGGCUCCCGCGCACUCGCGGCUCCCUAGCGGCGAGAGGGAGAACCAGCACAGGGGGUGGAGAGAGGAAAGGUUUGCGGGUGGGAGGAACCCCCCUCGGGAGCCCGGGAAAUCCCGGCCGUGCCUACCCCCUCCCCCUCAACUUCGAGGCGCUCUCGGCAGCGGCGGCGAGGAUGGAGCUGCCUUCCCGGGGCCGGGCGCCGCCGGACUCCUCGCUGGACAGCGCCUCCCUGACCUCGCUGGACUCCAGCGUCUUCUGCAGCGAGGGUGAAGGGGAGCCCCUGGCGCUCGGGGACAGCUUCACCGUCAACGUGGGCGGCAGCCGCUUUGUGCUCUCGCAGCAGGCGUUGUCCUGCUUCCCGCACACGCGCCUGGGUAAGCUGGCCGUGGUGGUGGCCUCGUGCCGGCGCCGCGGGGCCCUGGCCGCGGUGCCCAGCCCCCUGGAGCUCUGUGACGACGCCAAUCCCGUGGACAACGAGUACUUCUUCGACCGGAGCUCGCAAGCCUUCCGCUACGUCCUGCACUACUAUCGCACCGGCCGCCUGCACGUCAUGGAGCAGCUAUGCGCGCUCUCCUUCCUCCAGGAGAUCCAGUACUGGGGCAUCGACGAGCUCAGCAUUGACUCCUGCUGCCGGGACAGAUACUUCAGAAGAAAGGAGCUGAGUGAAACGUUAGACUUUAAGAAGGACACAGAAGACCAGGAGAGUCAGCAUGAGAGUGAACAGGACUUCUCCCAGGGACGUUGCCCCACCAUCCGCCAGAAGCUCUGGAACAUCCUGGAGAAGCCUGGGUCGUGCACAGCGGCCCGAAUCUUUGGGGUCAUCUCCAUCAUCUUUGUGGCGGUGUCCAUCGUCAACAUGGCCCUGAUGUCAGCCGAGUUAAGCUGGCUGGACCCACAGCUGCUGGAAAUCCUGGAGUAUGUGUGCAUCAGUUGGUUCACGGGGGAGUUUGUCCUGCGCUUCCUGUGCGUGAGGGACAGGUGCCGCUUCCUGAGGAAGGUGCCGAACAUCAUAGACCUCCUUGCCAUCUUGCCCUUCUACAUCACUCUCCUGGUAGAGAGCCUGAGUGGGAGCCAGACUACACAGGAGCUGGAAAACGUGGGGCGCAUCGUUCAGGUUUUGAGGCUGCUCAGGGCUCUGCGCAUGCUCAAACUGGGCAGGCAUUCCACAGGCUUACGCUCCCUUGGAAUGACAAUCACCCAGUGUUAUGAAGAAGUUGGCCUGCUGCUCCUGUUUCUGUCUGUGGGAAUCUCUAUAUUUUCAACCGUGGAAUAUUUUGCUGAGCAGAGCAUUCCUGACACAACCUUCACAAGUGUCCCUUGUGCCUGGUGGUGGGCCACAACAUCCAUGACUACUGUGGGAUAUGGAGACAUAAGACCAGACACCACCACGGGCAAGAUUGUGGCCUUCAUGUGUAUCUUAUCGGGAAUCCUUGUCUUGGCCUUGCCCAUUGCUAUUAUUAACGACCGCUUCUCUGCUUGCUACUUCACCUUGAAGCUCAAGGAAGCAGCUGUUAGACAGCGUGAGGCUCUGAAGAAACUUACCAAGAAUAUAGCUACUGACUCAUAUAUCAGUGUGAACUUGAGAGAUGUCUAUGCCCGGAGUAUCAUGGAGAUGCUUCGACUGAAAGGCAGAGAAAGAGCAAGUACUAGGAGCAGUGGAGGAGAUGAUUUCUGGUUUUGAAUUCACUUUCAGUUUACUUACAAAACUUGUGUAAAACUAACUUGAUUGAUAAAGCCUUGAUAUGGAUGUCUGUA